AUGGCCCAAGUCAAGGCAAAAUCGCUCCCGUCGCUCUGGGGUGCAGUCAAGGAGGUCUUUAACUGGUAUCCAUCAGCAUAUCCGGCCGAGGAGCGAAAACUGUUGUUCAAGCUCGAUGUGUCCAUUCUGGUCUUUGCCUGUCUUUGCUUCUUCGUCAAAUUCCUCGACCAGACGAACAUCACCAAUGCAUACGUCAGCGGCCUGAAAGAGGACUUUGGUCUCUACGGGAAUGAGCUCAACUACUUCAAUAUCUGCUACUACACCGCGUAUGUGGUGUUUCAAGUGCCAGGGCUGCUGCUGAUGUCGCGGCCGAAAUUAGCGCGAUGGCUCCUCCCCAGCCUCGAGAUCCUCUGGGGAAUCUGCACCUUCGCCCAAAGCCGUGUGACAAACGUCCACCAGCUCUACGCAUUGCGGUUCCUCGUCGGCAUGUUUGAAGCUCCAGUCUUCGCGGGAACACAUUUUAUCCUCGGCUCCUGGUAUUCUGGCCCCGAACUCUUCAAACGCGCCGGAACGUGGUUCAUCUGCAACCCACUCGGCACAAUGGUAAGCGGAUACCUCCAAGCAGCCGCAUACACGAACCUCUCCGGGGUAGCCGGGAUGCCCGGAUGGCGGUGGCUGUUCAUCAUCGACGGGAUCUUCACUAUCCCCGUCGCACUAAUCGGGUUUGUGAUUUUCCCUGGGAUCCCGGACUCGCCGCCGCCGUUCUUCUUGUCCGCCAGGGAUAUUGAAAUUGCCAAGGACAGGGUGAAGCGGGCGAAUAUUCGACGGCCGGGGCGGUUGGGUGCGGAUGUGUUUAGGAGGAGUUUGAGGCGCUGGCAUAUUUGGGUUUUCUUGUUUUGUUAUGCCUGCAUGAUCCUCUCCUCGUACCCAAGCGGGUACAUGAGCCUCUGGCUCAAGGAUGAGGGCUACUCCGUGACAAAAGUCAACCAGAUCCCCACGGUCAUCCAAUCAAUCACAAUCGUCUCUUCGUGGCUCGGAACAACUCUCGCAUCGAUAUACCCGUCCUGGAUCAUAUAUACCAUAGUCUCUUCCUGCUCACUGUUCUCGACGCUGUGCAUGUCCAUCUGGAAUAUCCCGACGGGAUUAAAGUUCUUUGCCUGGUUCCUGUUCGGCGUCUCGGGCUGCUCAAGUCCGAUCCUGUACUCGACCGUGAAUGCCAUCGUCAAGGAUGAUUCCGAGGAGAGGGCUCUUAUCAUGGGCUCGAUGAUGACAUUCGGCUACUCAUUCAACAUCUGGGUCCCGCUCCUGCUCUUCCCGACGGCCGGACCGGACGGUGCGCCGCGCUGGCGAAAGGGGUGGCCGACGACGUUUGUGUUUUAUUUCUUCCUCUGGGCAGGGUUCAUUACGGCGAUUGUGCUGUAUCGACGGGAUACGCGGAGGAAGGAUAUUGACGUGGGGUCUGAGACGGGGUCUGAGUCCGAUGGUGGUGGGGUCAGGACGCCGGAGGUCGAGGCGGAGGUUGUGGUCGAGGCCACGAAGAGGUGA